AACUGCUGCGUUUAUGCAGCCAUGCGUCAAAUUCGCGUAUCGGCCAAAGUUUUUGUGUAGAGACCCUGUUGUACACCUGUUAGCCAAUGGGUCACUUAUUAUCGUCUCAGUGCGCCCUACGCGGCGGUACAGCCGAUUAAACCCUACAUGACCUCUGAGGGCAGACCAAGGGUGAACAACACAAAAGGUGCCGCGGAUGACAACACAUGUACAGUCGGUAACAAUAAAUCUUUCCUGGCAACUUUUGAAACCCUGCAGAUUUUUCUUAAAGAAGCACAACCCAUCUAAGAGACAUGGGGAAGAAGAGGAAACAAGAUCUUGAAGGUGUCUGCAAUGGCGCUUCGGAUUUUUCUGAUCUGACAAUGACAAGAAAAGCAUCUUUCACCAGUGAUUCUUCUACAAAAAUCACUACGACGCUUUCCACCAAUCACCUGGUCACCAACACGUGUAACGCCCUCUCGCCGACAGAUCAAGAACUGCAAGCCGUACCACUGGAUGGAAACACUCACGCUGAUAGCCAUGGCGUCAAAACCUCGUCACCAUCUCCGGACGAAGUGUCCUCCAUCAAAAGGCACAUCAUCAUCAACCUCCUCAUCCAAUCCUUCGGCUUCCUCCUCCUCUUCACCGCGUACCAGUCACUACAGAACCUGCAGAGCAGCAUCAACAGAGCCCGCGGUCUCGGGCUGACUUCUCUCGCCGUCCUGUACGGGACCCUGAUCCCGGCCGGCCCGUUCCUCGCGCCCGUGGCCAUGCGGUACUUCGGGCUGAAGUGGACCAUCACGGGCUCCAUGGUCACCUACGUCAUCUUCAGCCUCGCGAACUACUGGGCGGAGUUUUACACCAUCAUCCCCGCGUCUGUUCUCAUCGGGGUGGGGGCGGCGUGUCUGUGGGCGGCCAACGGCGCGUACCUGACCCGCCUGGCCACCAGGUAUGCUUCAGUGACCGGUCAGGACAAGGCGGCAACCAUCUCCAUGUUCUUCGGCAUCUUCUUCGGCAUCUUCCAGACGUCUCAGAUCUGGGGAAACCUGAUCUCCUCCCUGGUGCUGCAGCAGGGCGCGGAGGAGCAGGGUGCUCCAUCGACGGCGAACAUCUCAUCCUGCGGCGCCGCCAACUGUCCAGGUGGUAGCGCCGGCAACCUGGUGAUCCCGCCCUACAACCUGCGUGUGACCCUCAUCAGCAUCUACCUGGCGUGCGGCGUGCUGGCCGUGAUCAUCAUGGCUCUGUUCGCCGACAGGGAGGCAGGGAAGGGAGUCUUCUCCUGUGGGAAGACAUCCAAGCCACGCGGAGGAAAAGGAGAUGAUGGACAAGCUCAUGGCGAUGAGGAAGAUGAAGAAGAGACACCAGCUGACUGCCAGCAUCUCUGUGAGAGGUUCCUGUCAGCCUGGAGGUUCAUGUUCCGGGAGAAGAGGAUGAUGCUGCUCAUCCCCCUCAUCAUGUACGGGACCAUGGAGCAGGCCCUCAACGUCGCCAUUUUCACACAGGCGUUUGUGAGCUGUACCCUGGGGAUCCACUGGAUCGGCUGGGUGAUGAUCUGUUUCGGCGUGUGUGACGCCAUCAGCGCGCUUCUGGUGGGCAGGCUCAGGAAAUGGGUACCAAGACAGGUGCUGUUCGGGACAGCUGCGGUGCUGAACCUGGCCCUGAUGAUUGAGAUGCUGACCGUGAAGCCGCACCCUGACCUCACCGCGCUGUUCUUCGUGCAUGCCGGGCUGUGGGGCGUGGCGGACGGCAUCUGGCAGACACAGAUCAACUCGCUGUACGGCGUGCUGUUUCCGGGGCAACAAGAGGUGGCCUUCCCCAUGGACGGGUUCUGGGGCGCCGUGGGGUACACCAUCUCAUUUGCAUAUGGCGGGUACCUCUGCGCUGACGUCAAGAUCGUCAUCCUAUUGGUCCUGCUCGUCGUUUCUAUGGCAACUUACGGCGCAGUGGAGGUGAUGGAGAAGAAAAGGUCGAAGGAGGAUGGAGAGACCGCAGAAGAAAAAACGGAGUGACGAAAAUGCGGCUGAAAAGGAUUCACAACUUCAAUCAUUCGUAUGAAGCUAUACAUUGCUGAACGAAGACUUGUUGGUAAGCGCUUUAGUUCGUGUAAGGAAAUUUCGCGUAAAGUUUUUAUCUUUUACUACGUCGAUUUUCGUCACAAAUUCUCUCUAGAAUACACUCUAGCAGUGCGACAAGGUUCAUCACUGAUGAUGUGUCCUGGCAUUGUCGGACAGUUUUCUAGAGAGAAUUUGAGAUGAAAGUCGACGUAGUAAAAAAAUUAAACUUAAACACAAAUUUGCUUACAAACAAGCCUUCGGUCAUUCAUGAGACCCUUCUCAAGUUCAACUGACCAAAGGCCUGUGUCACGUGAGCAUAACGGAAGUGUGAACAGCAAAUUAAAAUGUUGUCUCCUAUGUAAAUAGACCAACAAAUUGACCUCCGGAUCAUAAAUGAACUGUAACAGGACCUUCGAAUUCAAAGGAGGUUGUUUACAUGUCCUUGAUAUCCUCCCUGUAUCUGGUAUAUUAGUAUAUUAUGAAGUACAAAACCAAGCCUCACACCGAGAGAUGAGUAGUAAACAAAUAAACACAUAAACAAAAGAGAUUGAACACAAACGUUGUCCGAAAAUUAGCUGCUUCUUAGCGGUAUUGUGUAAAGUCAAGUCAAGUACCAUCGUUUUGAUGUGUUGUAUAUUGAUGUUCUUAUACAUAUUGUGUACGUAUACAUAUUGUGUACGUAUACAUGUUGUGUACGUAUACAUGUUGUGUUUGGUACAUAAAAGCUCGUAUACAUACUGUGUAAGUUCAUUUGAUAUAUAUGGAUGUUUAAUUGUAGCUAUAUAGAUCAAAUCACAUGUACGUGUUUGUAAAUGUAUGAUAGAUCAUGAUAGAAUUAGGUUUUUGUAACACUUAACGUUAAG